UAAAUGGAUCAGAUAACCUAACCUUUAGAAUAUAUGGGCAUGAGAAAGGUCUGACAGGAGUGUGCGCGUGUGUGUGUGUGUGUGUGUGUGUGUGUGUGUGUGUGUGUGUGUGUGUGUGUGUGUGUGUGUGUGUGUGUGUGUGUGUGUGUGUGUGUGUGUGUGUGCGCAGGCUGAUGUGUGCUCAGUCUGUCUGUCUAAUAGAGUGACCCCCCAGCACGCUGUUUAAAGGGAAGACAAGAGAGCUGAGUCAACGAAUCACAAGGAGACGGAUGCAACAGUUGAUGUGCGCAAGUUGCACAGUUUUCUUGUAUUUGGAGACGGCCUGCACACACGGAGGAUGGUGGCUUUGAUCUGUGUAGAGGAAAGAUUGGAUGUUUUGUUGCUUUAAAAUCCCCUCAUCUGUCAGGUAGUCCAAUCCAAAAAAUUAAACAGAAAGAUCUGCGCGUCUGAAAAGCAGUGGGUGUUAGUUGUAGGCUGUCCACUCGUGCGUCUUUCUUACCAAAAUGGACAUUUGGACAGAAAUGCAUUCGGAGUUGAAGCGGGGAUUUCGGAUGGUCUGCGGCGGCGAGUAGCAGUGCAGUCUGCACCAAUAUGCAUCGGAUUCUGCAGAGGAGGCGAGUGCGCAAGCUGCGGGUCGUCUGGGCUUCUCUGGCCCUGGUGGCUCUGUCUCUGGCCGCAUGCAGCGCGCUGUUUACGGCGUGGACUUGGCGACAAACGCGGGACCUGUCUCAGUCCUUUAAGAUCCUGCAGGACCGACUGGAGCAGGUCAAUACACAGAGGAAGGCCAUUGUUCAGCUCAUUCUGGAGAAGAGAGAGCUGCUGGUGGGGCAGAGAGUGAAGAGAGAUGGGGGGACGGUGCGAGGGAGGAAUGGAAAUGGAAAGAAAGCGGCGUCUCAUUUUGAGAUAACCAAAGUCUCCUCUCAGCAAGUGGGAGAGGGUGGUGUGAUAAAGGGUUGGGAAGAGAGGACGUUGAAUAUGAGUAAAGCGGUGAGGUACAACAAGGAACAAGGCACCUUCACUGUGGAGAAAGCAGGCGUCUACUUCCUGUUCUGCCAGGUGUUGUUCAAUGAGCAGCAGUCUCAGUAUGUGAAGUUGGAUGUGGUGACCAGCGGCCAGAGGCCUCAGAAGCUGCAGUGCAUGGAGGGUUAUGGGACGACCCCCUCUGCCGGGCCACACCCUUUCCACUUCCUGAAGCCCUGCCAGGUGUCCGGCCUCCUGCGACUGGACAAAGGCACGGAGCUGCAGGCUAUCACAGGCUCGUCCUUCAGACUCCAAACUUUGGGCAAUCCUUCAGCCUCGCCUCAUGUCUUCAGCAUCUUUAAAGUCAACUGAAGCCUGGAAUCAUUUUGUACACAAACUUAUCUGAGAACAACACUUUUUUGUAUGGAUGAGAUUUUUUUUCUACAUGGUAAAACAGUCAUAAGCAGUCCUGGGCAUCACAUCAUGCUACAGCCUCUUCCCAAAGAUGUUAAUUUGAAAGACAAACCUGACAUUUGUGGAAGUUGUUGUGGAAUUUGUAUUUGGACAGCGGUGCUGUUUUGGAACGCAAAACACAGACUUUUGGAUUAAAACCAACACCCAAAGUGGACGAAAUGCCUUUAUGAAUGUCUGCCGAGAGAACAGAUGUGAUGGAAGCUGUUCUGUAGAUAAAGGGCUUCAUAUAAAAAGAAAAAAAUACUUGGAUGUUCAUCUUAGCCUUCGUAUCAUGUAAUAAAUUGUGCUUACACUCUGUUUAUAAGACUGACAGUAGUGCUGUGCAUGCACCUUCAACUUUUAUAUCACCGGUGCCUCAAGAAGCUGAGAGCACGUCUGCAAGCGUCAGAUCUCGACACUAUAAACAGCCUACAUGAGUUGUCAGUGAUAUUUUAUACAAUGCAGCGUCUGUGCGUGUAUAAUCUAAUGAAUCAGACAAUUCUUGUUUAUACUGAUUUUAUGAUCUCAACAAUGCAAUGUGUGUGAAAUUACUGCAAGCCUUAUCUUCAAAUAGUUUGUAUAUACUUCACACAUAUUUUACAUAUGUGCAUAUCAAGUUAGGAGCUGGCAAAGAAAGGGGAACAUUUAAAAUAACAUGGAUGUGAAUUUGUGGUUUUUUCUACCGUCAAAUUUGAUUGUAAGGUAUUUUCAUGUAUAGUAUUGGCUUUACGUUUGGAAAGUAGUUGCAAGUUAUAGUAAGCGUACAGCUUUAAAUACAGCUUUAUCUCUCUUUACUGCCGUUGUUAUCUGUUUGAUGACACAAUAACCAUCACUUCCAAGCCGUCUUGUAAAUCAUCAGAUAACUGUUAACUUACCAUUAAGAGUCAGUCAUUAAAUAGUGGGAGGGGGAGGCCCUCAUAUGUCCAAAGCUAUAGCUAUAAGCUAAGUAAACGCUGAUAUUAAAUAUUACACAGAUUUUGAAUUGAAAAAAUAACAUUGCCUGGGAUUUUCUGAUUCUGUGACAAGUAGAUCCUCAGGAAAAGUCUUAAUACCAGUAUAGUAUUAAGAAUAGUAUUAAGAAUAGUCUUGAUAUAAGCCUAUAGCAAAACAAGAGGACAAUGUGUGAAAAUGAGCAGCAUUCCGAUGUAUUGAUGUAAAUUUACACAAAUAAUUUACUCACCAAGCUAAAUGCUAAUGUCAGCAUGCUAGCAUGGUCACAUGUUAACAUGCUGAUGUUUAGCAGGUAUUAUGUUUACCAUGUUCACCAUCUUGUUGUAGCAUGUUAGCAUGCUAAAAUGUUGCUAAUUAGCACCAUACACAAUGUACAGCUGAGGCUGAUGGGAGUGUUUUGCAGGUAUUUGGUCAUAAAACAAAAUAUUGCACCAAUUAAAAUUUUGACCUGAUGAUGGUGCUAGAAAAAAAGUUAAGGGGAUCACCAAAGUCAUUAGGAUUCAUCCUCUGGGGAACAUGAAUGUCUGUGCCAAAUUUCAAUCCAAAAGUCAAUCCAUCAAAUAGUUCAGUGUGAACCAAAGUGGUGAACUGACCGACAGACAUUGCCAUCCGUAGAGGCACACCGUUAGUAUUGCUAAAAAUAAACAAUAGAAUAUAUUUUGUAUGUUUUUUGUCCUCCAGUGACUCAAAUUUAAUUAGUUUCUCAAAGUCAGAAAUUAAGAAUUUGUCCCAGCCAAAACACAGCUCUGAAAUAAUGUGGAAAAGAUCCAACCUGCACCCAUGGGUCUGGGAAAACACUCUGCUGUUUAUUGUCAAUGGAGCAGCUCUGGGUGAUAUAUACACAUCUUGAUAACCUCGCAGGCAAUAACUAGAAAGUUAUUCACACGUUAAGCUCCUGAUUUUUGUUCUGAUAGGUUUCUCAGUCACAUUGUAAGACCGCCACUUCUUUAUUUUGAUCUCUUUUUAGAAAUUAAACUUCUUCCAUUCUCUCAUAUGCUGCUGCUGCUUUCUGUAAUAUUCUCUGCUACAAAACAAACUGUGUGUAUUUCUAGCAGUGGGUUCAGCACUCCCACUCUUGUUUAUAAGUAGUUUUUGUGGACGGACCGCAUUGGUUUCUCCUCAGCACUUUAUUGCAGCGAAUGUAGUGUUUUUAAUUGGAGCCAAACAUUCAUGUUUUCAAAUGGAAAAAUGUCAGAUUUUGAAGUGUAGACAUUAUAUCCUGUUUGAUUUCCUCAUCGUUUUCCUCUCCCUUUUGUGUCUCACUCAUUCCCCCCACCACCACCACCCGCACACACCACUCAUAUUUCCCUGUCAGCACCAAUCAGACUGCGCACGCACACACACACACACAGACAGACUGAAUCCCCUGAGUGUCCUCUGCACACACGCACGCACACACCAGCAGCCAUCUAAAUUUUCACUUCCUGAAUCUGAACCUGAACCACAUAGCUGAAGGUCUUUGAGGAAAAACAUGCUUUGUCCCUCCACACACACCCACCCACACACAGUUUUACACACUUCCCUGCCCCGAUUCCUAUUUUUCUAAAUGUCAAAGUUUAUUACCACCUCGGAAAAUCUUGUGAAGUCUUCUGAAGAAGUUCUCUGUAAAAUGAUGAUGUAUGCAAUGCAAUUUCUUCUCCUCUCACUCAUCAUAAAUGUUGGAUAAACUAUUUUUUUUUGUUUUUGAAGAGCUAUACUUUCAAAUUUGCUUCAUGAAAAAGCCAAGAAAAAACGGGAUAUAGAAUAAAGCUGCACUAAUCAAUA